GUUUAGACUCUUAGAUGUAGGGUUUUGGAUUGUGUAGAGAAAAAGGAUUCUAGGGUUUUCUCCGGGGUUCUUCUCAGAGAGAACUUUGACAAGUUCUUAUGUAGGUUUGGAGUAAUGGGUUUGCUGCAUUGAUGAUAAUUUGUUUGGAAACAAUUGCGAUGGGUUCGUUUGGGAGGGUGACUUUGCUUAACGAGCCUUCGCUUGAAGGUUCCGGUGCGGAGCAACAUUGCUGCUAUGAGUCAAUGGAGAAACUUGUCUCUGAGCAACGGGAUUGUGUUGUGAUUGAUUCUAUCAGGGAUUGUGCCACUCAACCGGGUGAAGAUGAUAACACUGGUUGCAGAAGCUCUGGGGAUAUUGAUUGCAGAGUUGGAAUAAAGUGUGAGGUCCAAUUGGAUGGUUCUGGAAUGAAGGAACUGAUGGCCGGUGAAUGUUGUGAAAACUCGGUCUGUUUGAAGAAAAAUGGGGGUGAAAAAGCUGAUGCCUCUUGUUUAAAAGAAUUGACGAGUUAUAUGUGCAGUGAUAGUUUGGUUUGUGUGAGAAAUAAUCAGGGUGAGCUUGUAGAUGAUUAUAGUUUGAAGGAAAUGAUGGGUAAUAGAAAUGGUGAUACUGUGGUUUGUUUGGAAGAUAAGGGCGAAAGUGUGAAUGAUUCUGAUUACUCAAUUGAAAAUCAAGACGGGAAAGUGGAUGUUUCUUUUACAAAGAAGUUGAGGCCUGAUACAUAUGGUGAUAGUACAGUUUGUUCCAAUGGAAAUCAGAGUGAGAAUUUAGAUGGUUCUGGAUCAAAGGAAUUGAUUGGUGAUAUUUGUGGUGAUACUGUGGUUUGUUUAAAUGAUAAUCAAGUUGAAAAUAUAGAUUGUUCUGGGCCAGAGAAAUUAACGGGUUAUGUUGAUAGUACGGGUUGUUCGAAUGAAAUUCAGUGUGAAAAUGUAGAUUCUGGUUCAAAUGAACUGAAGGGUGAUAGGAUCAGUGAGCAUGGGGUUUGUUUGAAUGAAAAUGAGGGUAACAUUGAUGUUCAUGAAUCAAAAACUGAUAUGUGCUUGGCUCCAUUAUCAAUAGCCUUUAGUGGUUGCAAGAGUGAUUGUCCCGAUCAACAUGACCUGAAGGAUAGUAACACUAUCACUGGUCCUUCUCUAAAUGGGGAAAGUGGUGCUUCACCCAAUGGGGAAAGUGGUGCUUCACCCAUUAUAGAAUAUGAUUUGUGCAGCAAGAUAUCGACUUCAUGUUGUGCUGAGACAAUUUCCAACUUACAACGAACAUGUGAUUCAUUGGGUAGUUAUGACUGGCAUAACCGGAGAGAUUUGAGUAGCAGUGAUAUAUCAUUGGAAGGUUCUACCAAACCUAUGGAAAUUAGAAGUAAUGAUGAUUUAUGCAUUGAGUUGUUGGCUUCAAGCAUAUCAUUGGACACACAACAGAAUGAACAAACUGAUUGUAAGAAUGUUAAUAGUCCAUCAAGAGAUUGUGUUGCGGAGGCUUCUGAGGGGACUGAUGUCCCUACAGGUACAAGGGUUGAGACAUCCAGUGAAACAAUAAUUUCUAACGGAAAGGCCUACAACUUGAACAGGGGUUCUUUUGAGCAAGGUGCAAACUGUCUUUCUAAUAAAUCAAUUUCUUUGUCAUGUCAAUGCAUUGAAGUUGGUGAAAAUGGCUUGGCUGGGAGGUUGGAUACACCAGAUCUUUUGACAAAGGAGGCUUGUGCUGCAAUUAGCUCUAGCAGUUCAAUUGAUUGUUUUGGACAAAGAGAAAAUGAAAGAAAGGAUAUUGUCAAGGUUGAUUGUGUUUCAGAAACUAAAAAUUGUCCAACUGCAUCCUCAUGUUCUCGAAGGAGAAGACAGAAAAGUAAAUCAAGCCGAAAGGCUCCUGCAAAAAGGGUUGCUAGAAACUGCAGUAGCAAAAAACUGCAACUUGCGCAUGAAAAUGUUGAAUUCCAUUUCAAAGCUUCAAGAAGGAAGAGAAGCUGUUUGUCAAAACCAGCCCGUUCUUCCAUUUGGGGAUUGCUCAAUAAUAUUACAAAAUUUCUUGAGCCAUGUCCUGAUCUUUUGUGUAAUGGAAUGCAGAAUCAAGAACCUUCCAAAGGUAGGGGUAGCCGGAAACGUAACAAAAACCGGGCUGGUCGAAAAAGAAAUGAAAAAAGUGGGAUAAGUAAAAGUUCAACUGGAUGCUUACGUCUGAAGAUUAAAGUGGGCAAGGAAGUUGCUCCGAGUAAUCUGAAUACUUUGGUUGCAAAAGUGGUUGGUCCGUCAGUUUCUGUUGGUGCUUUUAGUAAUUAUGGGAAGGAAAAUGUUGUUGAAGAUAAAGCAGGAGAACCGGGUAGUGAAAUGCAGUUUCAUUCUAAGGAAAACCGGGAAAUUGUGAAAACAUGCUCAGAUGCUUUUAUUACGGAAAUAAAACAAGCAAAUAAGGUUGUAAGGAGUGCUGAAGAUGUUGAGAAGUUUGCUGAAUAUGCUGUUGAUAUUUCCCUUGUAAAUCAGUCUGAUCCAGUGGGUGAAGCAUCUCAAGAAGCAAUAGAGAACAAGUGCAUGGAUCCUGGAACUUCACCAGAUUCAGAAGUGAUCAAUACAAUUCCUGAUUUACAAGUUGGUUUAAUACACCAAGAAAAGUCAAAUGAUAUGGCUUUGAAUACUUCUGGAGCUGUUAAGAGUAGUAAGGGUAGCAAGAGGGGGAAGAAAAAGGAAAAUUAUAAAUCUUCCGGUGCAGACAGCAUCAGGAAAGCUAAAUCAUCAAAGAGUCGCCGAGGUGGGCAAAAAACAAUGGAUAAUGGGUUUGUCUCCUGCAAGGCUCUUAUUUCAUCCUUUGCUGCAAAUGCUUCAACAGAGAACGAGCUUGGAGUCCCCAAAGAGGUUACAGAAAUGUCAGAAAGUAUGGAUAAAGGUUGUUUCAGUCCCGAUGUUCCAGAUGCAAAGAACCAUAAACAUAUCUCUUCCUCUAAUCACAAGCGUAAUCAAUUUUCCAAAAGUUCAAAAUCUCAGGGAGUGAGCAAGGGAAAGUCCAGAAUCUCUGAUUUUGCAAGGAGCAGGAAAGGAAGUUCUUCUAAGAGGAGGGAAGAUGAGUCGAAGACAGUUAGUAACAGCAAAGUAAAGGAGAAAGGUUAUGAUGAAGAGAUUGUAACCGGGGGAGGAAAGAGCCUAGUCACAGUUGGUGCUGCAGGAAAUCAGAUUUCAGAUGAUAAUAAGGACUCAAAUACUGGCAACAAUAUUGUGCAUGCAGAUUUGUAUAAUGUUGACUUGCUACCAAAUUGUGUCAUGCAGCAGUCUACACUGCCUGAUAAUGCUUGGGUGCGUUGUGAUGAUUGUCAUAAAUGGCGGAGGAUACCAGUUUCACUUGUAAAGUCAAUCGAUGAGGCAUGCCGUUGGGUCUGUGUCGACAACGUGGAUAAAGCAUUUUCUGAUUGCUCAAUCCCACAAGAGAAGUCCAAUGCUGAUAUUAAUACUGAGUUGGGCAUAUCAGAUGCUGAGAAGAUGGUUUUUAUGGCUUCAAUCAUAAGGAAUUGGAAAAAGGGUAUUGAAGCUAAAUGUAUGACAGUAUCAGCACCUUCACAUUUUUGGCGUCUUGAUAGUAACCAAUUUUUGCACCGUGGCCGAAAAACGCAAACCAUUGAUGAGGUAAUGGUUUGCCAGUGCGAAAGACCUCCGGCCGGGAAGCUUGGUUGUGGGGAUGAAUGCCUAAAUCGGAUGCUGAACAUUGAAUGUGUCCAAGGCACCUGUCCUUGUGGGGACCUCUGUUCAAAUCAACAGUUCCAGAAGCACAAAUAUGCAAAGAUGAAGUGGGACAGAUUUGGUAAGAAGGGUUUUGGAUUGAGGAUGCUAGAGAAUAUAUCUGCUGGCCAUUUCCUUAUUGAAUAUGUUGGAGAGGUGCUUGGUAUGCAAGCUUAUGAGGCUCGGCAAAAGGAGUAUGCUUUGAGGGGUCAGAGGCAUUUCUAUUUCAUGACAUUGAAUGGCAGUGAGGUAAUAGAUGCAUAUGUCAAAGGUAAUUUGGGGCGCUUCAUCAACCAUAGUUGUGAUCCAAAUUGUCGUACCGAAAAGUGGAUGGUGAAUGGUGAAAUUUGUAUUGGACUAUUUGCAUUGAGAGAUAUAAAGAAGGGUGAGGAGGUUACAUUUGACUACAAUUAUGUGAGGGUUUUUGGAGCUGCUGCAAAAAAAUGUCAUUGUGGUUCACCUCAUUGUCGGGGUUACAUAGGUGGUGAUUCACUUAGUGCUGAAGUCAUUGUUCAUGAUGAUUCAGAUGUAGAAUCUCCUGAACCUAUGAUGCUUGAAGAUGGUGAAACCUGGACUGUUUCUAAAGGUGUUAUGUCUAGAUUGAGUUCCUUAGAUGGUGCAGCAAUGCAAUCUGUGGAGAGUGUAAUAACUGAUGGUGCAGUAAAGUUCGAAAAUAUGCAAGACGCUGAGGACUCUGUGAACCAUUCUGCUUCUGCCACGUCUCAAUUGAACAGUUCAGUUGAAACUGAAGAUCUGAAGGGGAAAUUCCAAUUAGCCAUUCAGCCAGAAGAAGCUUUGCCUGUGACAGUUUCCAGUGAAGCUGUGCAGCCAGAUGGUACUGAGGAACAGAAGGCUAUCAACAAAAUCUCAUGUUCCAUUCAGAAAUUAGAUGCUUCUCUAAAUAUGUCAGAUAACAAAUUAUCUUCUGAUAUUAUUGAUGCUAAUAAGAAGUCUAAGUCUGAUACAGCAGAAAACAAAAAGGUUCCUGCAAAAUCACGCACCCUGAUGAGGAAUUCUCAGUCAUCCAGCUCUAUUAAGAAGAGAAAAACGAGUAGUAAUUCUCUGAAUGGAAAUAAGGUUCAGAUAACAUCCAACAAAUCUCAAGUGUCGACUAUCAAGCCCAGAAAAUUCUCAGAAAAUUCUAGUACUGGUCGUUUUGAAGCAGUGGAGGAGAAACUUAAUGAGUUGCUGGAUUCUGAGGGGGGAAUAACAAAGCGAAAGGAUGCUUCUAAAGGCUACUUGAAGCUUCUACUUCUCACAGCUACUUCUGGUGAUGGUGGCAGUGGUGAAGCAAUUCAAAGCAAUCGAGAGCUUUCAAUGAUUCUUGAUGCACUUUUGAAAACAAAAUCAGGACAUGUGCUGACCGAUAUAAUUAACAAGAACGGUUUGCAGAUGCUACACAACAUAUUGAAGAAAUAUAGAAGGGACUUCAAAAAGAUUCCAAUUCUUCGGAAGCUUCUAAAGGUUUUAGAGUAUUUGGCGGGACGGGGAAUACUUACUCAGGAGCAUAUUAAUGGAGGUCUUUACUGUGCUGGAAGGGAGAGCUUUAGGGAGUCGAUACUGUCAUUCACAGAACAUGAUGACAAACAGGUCCAUCAAAUAGCUCGAAAUUUUCGUGAUAAAUGGAUUCGGAAACCUGUCAGAAAGCAUGGCUACAGGGACAAGGAGGAGGGCUGGAUGGAGUUUCACAGGGUUUCAGCAUCUAACAAUCAUUGGCAUGACCAGGCCGUACAAGCUACUGAAGCAAUUAAUAGCGGCAAACAAUCUGUGGGUGGAACAUCAACGGAUACUUCCACCAAGGAGGGUGGCUCUUCACCAUCAGCUGGUAUUUCCCAAACCAGUAGUACCAGAAUUCGCAAGCGGAAAAGCCGUUGGGAUCAGCCAGCAGAUCCAGAGAAAAUUGAUUCACGGUCACCAAAGAAAUUUGAAUGUAGCACAUUAUCCACUUUAGGUCGAGCAACAUCAGAUCAUACAGAGAAGAUGAACAGUGGGGAUAACAAAUGCCAUGAAAAGUUUUGCAAAGGUGAAACUAUUAACAUUGACAAUGGGAACCAAAGUUUUCAGCAGGAUGCUCCACCAGGGUUCUCAUCUCCUCUCAAUACAUCUUUGGCUGCACCUUAUGCUGCUCCAUCAACUGCUACAGGUUUCCCUCAACCAAAAGUUUGUCCGUCGAAGUUUCCUGAUGCUGUUGUUGCUCAUCCACAUAAGAGAUUCAUUUCCCGUUUGCCGGUUUCAUUUGGAAUUCCACUUCCCAUUUUGCAGCAGUUUGGAUCACCACAAGGUGAAAGUCUAGAAACUUGGAGGAUAGCCCCUGGCAUGCCUUUCCACCCAUUUCCUCCCCUACCUCCAUGUCCCCCUGAUACAGACUCUCAACAACCUGAUUCUGAUGCGAACUCCAUCAGAAUUAGUGCCGACUUAAAAGAAGGGCAACAGGACAACCAUCAACCUGCCUCUAGUUGCCCUGAUGAAAGCAUUCCAAGCACGGCUGGUGGAAACCACCGAGAGUUGGACAUUUCAGGUACGAGCAUCCAACAGACAUUGAAAAAAAUGAGAGAAUCCUCGUAUGAUCUGGGUAAGAAGUACUUCAGACAACAGAAACGGAAAGGGUCAUUGUGGGAUAAAUCCGAAAGCUUGGGAAACAACCAUGUAGGUAGACAUGCUGCAUAGACGUAGGACAUGUAAACAAUGAGCUCGAGAACUCAUCAGAUGAAAUAAACCAGUAGAAUUGGAGUGAAGGCCCCAUUGAUUUUUAUUGAACCCAAAGAAACAUGAUUGAUUUAUAGAAAAAUUUCCUAGAAUUGAAUUUUGUUUCACAUUCAUAAAUUUGAUGUAUUUGCCCUCAAUUCUUUGUUUCCUGGGCCCAAGUUCCAGUGGAAAUGUGUAACUUUAUUCAAUUACCAAGUUGUGAAGGUAAUUAAUCUCAGGUUCUUUGUGAUAAUGGUGUUUGUCUUCUUGGUCA